UGGAACCUACUGGAAGCGCUUUGUGGAGGGAGCAGAAACCUGCCCGCAGCUAAAAUUCGCGCUUCAGCACAAUGAGACCGAGCAAACGAAUGCAGCGGGAUGCCUGCUGGGCCGACUGCCGCCCCGGCCCGGAGCCCUGGGUUCACUUCGCAGCCUGCUGCAGAGUUUCAGACCGCAGUACUCAGCAUCCACCGGGCUUUGCCCCCUUGCCGAAGUCUGCAGAUCGAUAGAUGCUGGGCGUAGGCUUUUCCCUAGGCUAAAGCCCCAAAGCUCCCACCUUCACCUUCUAUUUAUUUGCCCGCUCCCACCACUACCAUCGAAGUACGUGCCCCUCUGGUAGUGUUGGCGCUGAAACCCGAGCAAGGGAAAGGGCGCCUCCCCAUCCCCUCCUCCCCAUCCCCGCCGCGACUCGGGGUUUUACUGCGGCAGCCGGAGGUGACAGCUACGCCUGAGCCUCCUCCGUUGCUCUCAGAGCCCCGGCUUCCCCAGCCUCCGGAAAGCGCCUCCUUCUGAGAGGCUGGCCCUAGAGAAGUGCUAACGUGCUGCAGGAAACCAAAUUUAAAAAUGUAGAAGUCGCUGGGCUGCAUUCCUCCGAGGACGAGCCUGAUCGCCCAGGACCGAGAGUGGCAGCGUGUGGGAAGUUGGGACCGUAGGCAAGGGGGGAGGGGAGUGGUGCAGCCGGCAUUCCCUCUGAAAGGAGUCGCUGGGAGCAGCGACCGGUUGGACACAAGUUUGCCUGGGAGUGUUUUCCUUUCGUCAAUAAUUAAUCACCGGAAUCAGGCUGACAGAAUUGGAGUUUUAGCAAUAGUGCAGAGGGCGGGGCCGAACACCUAACUCCCGGAGCUUUGAGGUGCCCAGCGCAGUAGGAAGCUCGCAGCAGUUGGGGAGGAGCCAAAGCGCUGGCGCUCACCUAAGCCGCAGGAGAUAUACCCAACCCAACCGGGAGAUGAAGAAACUGCAACCCAGAGAGGAGAAGUAAUAUACACAGAAUCAUUCUCCAGGGGAAGCAAGGACAAGAAACCAGACCUGGACUCUCCUAGAUCAAGCUUCUUAAGGAGAAGAUCUGGGCUUCCCUGAGCCAUCAUUCUCCCACCUUCACCCAGCACAGUCUGGAGCUUCAUACCUAUGAAUGGACUCUCACGUUCUUGGUCACUUACCUGGCACCACCCUAAACUGUCUAGGACAGACUUUCUGCAGCUUGAAGGACCCAGCCAUGGAUUUCAAGCGUGUGAAGGACUAUUUAUCCUGGCUCUACUAUCAAUAUCAAAUCAUUAGCUGCUGUGCUGUCUUGGAGCCUUGGGAGCAAUCUAUGUUCAAUACCAUCAUACUAACCAUCUUUGCUAUGGUAGUGUACACCGCCUAUGUUUUUAUCCCAAUCCACAUUCGCCUGGCUUGGGAAUUUUUCUCCAAAAUGUGUGGCUAUCACAGUACAAUUUCUAAUUGAUCUUUUCUGCAUUCUGCAAACUGGCAUUGCAUAUGUGUAUGUUGCUUCCAACGCAUUGAUUUAGGUGAAUACUGUGGCUUCUAUCACUGUCUAACCUGAAAAGCUCUCCCUUCUCUAUGCAGUCUUAGAUCCUGCCUGAAAUUUGAGAUAAAUGUCUCUUUAGGUUCUUUUGUACACACCAUGUUGUGCAUCAGACCAUGGAUAACACAAUGACCUGACCUCACGUACCAUAUUCUUUCAACUUAAAUCUAUGAGUUUAGAUUUUGUUUUUAAUUGGUAAAUUGCCUAUAAGCUUUUUCUGGAAAAUAGGCUCAUAAGAGAUCUAUCAGAAUCAUAUUUAAAAUGCUCCCUUGAUACCUAUUCUAUAGUUAAGGAUAUAUUUUUUAAAAAUUUGUUCAUAAGCUACAGUCAAAGUAUCCUAUCUUUGUUUACAAUAUACAAAAAGAUCUGAAUAAAUUAUAUAGACCCCUAAAGUCUUAUUUUCUAGUAACCUGCUGAUACCUAAAAUUCUUUUCCUUCAAGUGCAAAAGAAUUGAAGGCAUUGGUUGAAGGCAAUUAACUCCUUUCAGACAUGGUUCAUGAAUUGUUUCAAAUGUCUCUAAAAGUCUGGCUUUGUAACAGUUUAAAAUCAACAAAGUUGAUUUUUGAUAACCCAGUAAGUAUUAUAAUACAAAAUAAUUUUAAGCAUAAGAAAAAAUAUAUAAUCAAAAUAAAUUCAGAUAUUGUGAUUGUGAUGCUG